CCGGUAUCAUACCUGGCUCACGCCUAGAAAAAUAGUGCUUGAAUAUGUUGUUUUGGGCCCGCCCACGUAUGCGACCUAUCUCAAGUCGGAAUCUCGACAUUGUAAAGCACCAACAAUCGAAAUUAUGGCGGCAAGUUACCACAAAUAGGUUCAUCGGGUAUAUCGGGUGUCCUCUGGUUGUAUAUGAGCCUUUGAAGUGUUCUGACACCGGAAUAUAACUUCCCUGUGUUCUCCCAAGACUAGAAUAGAACUCGACUGACAUCCAGUCUCAGUUUGAACAUAAAUUAUCACUUCCUAACAUACCACCUGCCAUGCAGUGCCUAGUAUUACUGAAGUGUGUUGGAUAAAUUCUUGAAUCAAGUUCUUGUUGGAACCGUCGAGAUGCCUAGAGGUACUUCAAUCAUCACAGAUCAGCGGUAUUAUGCCGUAAACCGCACUGAGUUCUCUGGCAACGCGACUUCGAGGGUGGCUGUGGAAGAUUGCGACCGCUUGCUUCAGAGUGCACCAACGCCCAAAGCUGAUCUGAAACCACGAGGUAGACGACCACACCUUCACAAGGACGAUGAAGGACAUUAUGCCCAUGAGCUCAUCCUUCUUGAUCCCCGCACUCACCACGAAACAAGUCAAGUCGCCGUCGUGAGGGUAGAGGGAUUGCCGAAGCUGGCUGCCUACCCUGAUCGCAGCUUUGAUUAUGCUGGACAGAAUCGAAAGGGCAGAGAUGGGAAAGGUGACGCGGCAUACGGCCGGAUCAUUACAGACAGCCAUAGAACACAGAUUGGAAUGUCGUACCACCCAUAUGGUAACAAAGAAAUUAUGGUUCGUGCGGAAGCAAAGGGAGUCUUUAUAGCAGACUACAGACGAGACUCUAUUGGAAACGAGGCUAUUCAGCAAAAGGUGUCCAGUACCGGCAACCGAAGCACUACCUGGCCUCGGCAUUGA